AUGUGGGUCCACACUAAUUGUUCAUGCCGUACUUGCGCUGGUCGCAACACUCCUUCUGGUCGCUUCGUCAGUCCUCUAACACUUUCUUUCGACCGCCCCUUCGGCGUUGACUCUCCACCUAGUCCGGUUUCCCCUGCUUUGUCUAUCUCCUCCGAUUUCGACCUCCGCAGUCCUGAAUCUCCUUACCUCAUCCCUCAAGAUGCCCCUCUGAGUCCUGUGUCCCCAAUCUCGCCUCCGUCUUCUGGUCGCUCUCUCGGUCCUUCAACGCUUUCUCUCGACCGCCCCUUCGGUGUUGACUCCCCACCCAGCCCUCUAUCCCCUACUUACUCUAUCUCCUCCGACUUCGACUUCCCUAGUCCUGAGUCUCCCUACUUCAUCCCUCAGGAUGUCCCUCUGAGUCCUGUAUCUUCCAUCUCGCCAUUACCUCCUUUCAGUCCUGCGAGCGAGUACAGCACUGCUCCACCUUCACCUGUCCUCUCAAUCAGUGAGCUUACACCUGGUGAUUUUCCUUCUCCUGCCACUCCUAUCACUGACGGCCAUGUCUGGGAACUUUGCGUCAUCCCAUCUGUUCGCGCCAAUCCCUCUGUCUUUACUCCUUAUUGGCGCACUGAUGCCUCGAAGCCUUUUUCUUUUACCAGUCAAGUUAUCAAGGAAGAGGAAAUUGGUCCUCUGACUUCUCCUGAUGCUCCUGUACUUCCCCCUUGUCCUAAGAGAACGCCUCCAAAGAGACCUGAAAGAUCUCCUGGUAUGAAAAAGGCUUUCUCUUGGAACACUGCUAAAUCUGCAAUUGCAAAGGCUGGUCCUUGCUCUGGUGCUACUGAUGCUGUAGCUGGAGCUGAGAAGAAGCCAUCUUUAAUCUUCACAAACACUCCUUGGUGUGACAACAUCCCUCCUGUCUCGCCCCCUGACUCUCCAGCUGUCACUAUGGUAUCCUUCAGCGGCUUCUCCGGUAACCAUCGGCUUCCUGACCUAGGAUCUCCACCAAACUCUUCAUCAUCUCCCUCUUUCUCGUACCGCCAGACCCCUUUUUGCUUUUACAGAAAGUCCCGCUACAUCACACCUCCUACCAAACCAGCGGGAAGUUUUCGCAACAUCUACUGGACAUCAGACACCCCCAAAAAUGCAGCAGAAUACGCGGCUCUUUUCGGACAAAGCGUGCAAGAAGAUGAGUUUGCAUGGAUAAGAUAUCCAGUAUCUGGACCUCAUCAUCUGUGCCGCCUUGAUGAUGAAGACAGUGUUUAUGAUGAGGAUGAAAGUUUUUGGUCUCAUGAUGAUGACGAUGAUGAUGAUGAUGACGAUGAUGAUGAUGAGAGUGCACAUUACACAAACUGGCAUGAGAAUCCUACGGCUCUUGAUCUUAGUGAUCCUUUUGCUGAAGUUGAUGCUGGGUAUUCUGCUUCUGUCCUCCCAGACGAUAGCAGUAUCCGCAGUUCUUCUUAUUCUGGCACUGCACAGAGGGAAGGACUUGCAAUGACUGCAGAGGUCAUGAGAGCGAGUUAUGUAUCUAGUUAUUUGACUAGAAGUGCGAUUGCCGGGAUCAAAGAGGUUUGUAUUGAGGAUCCUAGGAUGAUGUCUGUCGAUGCCGUUAUCCAGGGCUUUGCUUGA